CUUCCGCCUGCUCGGUCCGGCAGCUCCAAUAUGGCGGCGUCCUGCGGCUCCUCGCAGCUCCCCGCCGCCGAGCCGCCCCUCAAGAUCCCCAAGAUGGAGGUGCUGUCGCCAGGCUCGCCGGGCGCGCUGAGCGACGGCAACCCCAGCCUCUCCGACCCGUCCACCCCCAGCGGCGCCUCCCCGCUGGGCCCGGGGCCGGCAGCCGGCGGGGCCGGGCUGGGGGGCGGCGGGGCGGCGGGGGGCCGCGGCGGAGCCUCGCCCUCCGUCUCGUUCUCCCCGGGCGGAGCCGCCGCCGCGGCCGCGGCCGCAGCGUGCCGGGGGAUGUCCUGGACCCCGGCGGAGACCAACGCGCUGAUCGCCGUGUGGGGCAACGAGCGGCUGGUGGAGGCCCGCUACCAGCAGCUGGAGGGCGCCGGCACCGUGUUCGGCAGCAAGGCCCCCGGGCCCGCCAUGUACGAGCGCGUCUCCCGAGCCCUGGCCGAGCUGGGCUACGAGCGCACCCCCUCGCAGUGUCGGGAGCGCAUCAAGCAGCUUCACAAGAGACAGAGUGAGUUAGUAAGGAAUGCAAAAUGUACCCUUCGUAGGUGUUACAGCCGUGUGAAGGAGCAUGGAGUUGGGAAGAGGAAAAGCAGCUACACAUUUGAACAGCUGGAGCAGGUGUUUGGCCAGGGAGGAUGGGAUUCCCAGCCCUGCCAGCCUGUCCUCAUCAACAGCAGUGGCUUGUACCAGGAGCUGGAGUCUGAUGGCAGCACCAUGGAGGAGUACUCGCAGGAAGACUGGGGAAACCACAGUCAGGAUCUUCAUUGCUAUCAGACUGGUGAGCAGGAAUUAGAUGAAAUGCCUACCACAAAAAGAACAUUAAAGAUAAAACAGGAAUCUUCAGAAGACGCUCAGAAGCGCGACGUCAUGCAGAACAUUAUGCAAAUCCUGGAGUCCGUCCAGUUGAAGUGGGAGCUGUUUCAGAGCUGGACGGACUUCUCCAGGCUGCACCUCUCCAACAAACUGGCCAUUUUUGGCAUCGGCUACAACACGCGCUGGAAGGAGGACAUUCGCUACCACUACGCGGAGAUCAGCUCGCAGGUCCCGCUGGGCAAACGGCUCCGGGAGUAUUUCAACUCGGAGAAGCCGGAGGGCAGAGUCAUCAUGACCAGAGUGCAGAAAAUGAACUGGAAAAACGUGUACUACAAAUUCCUGGAGAUCACCAUCAGCGAAGCGAGGUGCCUCGAGCUGCACAUGGAGAUUGACUGGAUACCCAUCGCUCACUCCAAGCCGACGGGAGGCAACGUCGUUCAGUAUUUAUUGCCGGGGGGCAUCCCCAAGAGCCCGGGUCUGUACGCCAUCGGGUACGAGGAGUGCCACGAGAAGCCCCGCUCGCCUCUGGCGGAGCCGCGGGGCGCCGAUCCCAGCAAUGAGACUCCGGGGGAGCUGGAGGUGCCGUCGCCGCAGGCCUCGCUGCGGGUGGAGAUGGAGUCCGCCCGCAUCAUCUACUGUUACCUCGGCAUCGCUGAGGUCAGGACUCUCCAGCAGUGCCUGUUUUUACAUUUUCAGGCAAACACCAAAACCUUCAGCAAAGAGUGGGUUGGGAUCAACGCGUUUUUAUCUCAGAACUGCGUCGUAGAGCCCGGGGUCUCCCCGAAAUCCAUCUACAUCAAAUUUGUGGAAGUGGAGAGGGAUUUUCUUUCCGCUGGCUCUUUGGUAGAGUGCCUGGAAAAAGCCAUUGGAUACCCCUUAAAAUUCAACAACUGAAUCUCGUCCUUCAUAAGGAUUGGGGCUUCUGCCCGUUUCCCAUCUCACCGCCGGGCGCUGCUGGACCCUGCGCGGCCGGGCAGGCGGAGGCGCUGCUCAGCGGUGUUGAUUGGGGCUGCAGGGCCGCGAGCAGCGCGGGGCGGCCGUGGGGCGGCACUGAGCCCUGCCCGGCACAUCCCAUACAUUCCACGUCGGACGGAGCGGACGUUUCAUACGCGAAGCUGUUUUUUCCACAGUGUCUCAUUUUUACACAUCCGUCUCUAUGAGUGUUAUGACAGAUCCGAAUAAAUAAGCAAUAGAUAACGGCGAGUUAAAUCUUGAAUCACGUUAAAGGAGACUGUUUUUCAAAGCCACCCUUAGAUACUAUUGUAUAUAAUUUAGAAGUUCACUUUUUUCGCCCAUCCAGUGUUCUCCUCUCUCCAAACAGUGUUGCCUGCAAAGACUUUUGUUUCUGUGAUGUAUUCCACUCUCCUAGCAGUGUUGCCAUAUCCGCUUUUAUUUUAUUUUAUUUUAUUUUAUUUUUAACAUUAAAAUAAUUCCCGGGCUUUUCUUAUUUAUUUUUAUCGGUUUAUUUUUUCAGUUCUAGUUAGCCUCUUUGUGAGAAUAACCUGGCAGCUGGGGAACAUUCUGUCAAACCAUGCUUAUGGGUACAAUCAAAGCUGUGAGAUGGGGUGGGGGGGAGGCGGGCUGGGGGCACGUGGGCCGGGAGGAAGCAUUUAAAGCCUUUCAGAAGUGUUACUAUAUGUGCCCCAUCACCUGGCUGGCUGGCGCCGGCGUUUCGGUUUCCUGGAGCUCAUUGGUCAGUGACGUUGUGACAUACAAUGAAUGUGUCGGUCCUAAUAAAAUCGAGCAAACGCG